CCAUGCCCUUCCCCUACACUUUCUUCACUAUUCUCUAUCCGAUCUCAACCUUCUAUAAAUACUCUUCUUCCUUCUUUUAUCUCUCUCAACUUCCUUCCUCCAUUGACACUAAUUAUUAUCUCUAAAACCCAAUGGAUCAGUCAGGUCGGUUAGUAAUUUGGUGUACUUGGAUCCUCUGUAAUGUCGUCUUUACCACCUCUGAUUGGGCUGCAGAUCUCGAUCGAACCUUCAACUAUAGUGAUGCCCUUGGCAAAGCUGUGUUGUUCUUUGAGGGACAACGGUCAGGGAAAUUGCCUAAGACGCAACGAGUCAAGUGGCGGGGUGAUUCUGCACUCUCUGAUGGGAGCUAUGAAAAUGUGAAUCUGGUGGGAGGCUACUACGACGCUGGCGACAAUGUGAAGUUCGGGUGGCCCAUGGCGUUUACGGUGACAUUGUUGAGUUGGACCACCGUGGAAUAUGAAAAAGAGAUAAAAUCUGUGAUGCAGUUGGAACACCUCCGGAGCUCGGUCCGGUGGGGCGCCGACUUCAUUUUACGAGCUCAUGUUUCACCUACAACACUCUAUACUCAGGUUGGAGAUGCAAACGGCGAUCAUCAAUGUUGGGAGCGGCCGGAGGACAUGGACACCCCUCGAACGUUGUACAAGAUAACGCCUGAUUCACCCGGCACCGAAGCUGCCGCCGAGGCUGCAGCCGCACUCGCUGCUGCUUCCAUCGUGUUCAACCAUGUCAAUACCAAUUACUCAAGAAAGCUUCUUCAACACUCAAAAUCUCUCUUUGAGUUUGCCGACAAGUUUAGAGGAUCUUACUCUGCUUCUUGUCCAUUCUAUUGUUCUUAUUCUGGAUAUCAGGAUGAGUUGUUGUGGGCAGCUGCUUGGUUAUAUAAAGCAAGUAGAAAUAUGAAAUAUUUGGGGUAUGUUUUAAGCAAUCAAUGGUGGAGUCAACCCACAUCUGAGUUUAGUUGGGACAACAAAUUUGUUGGAGCUCAAACACUGUUAACAAAGGAAUUCUAUAAAGGAAAGAAAAAUUUGAGCAAGUUUAAGAACGAUGUAGAAUCGUUCAUUUGCAAGGUUAUGCCUGAUGGUGGCUCUUCUGAGAUUCUGAGGACAAAUGGUGGACUUCUUUUCCUAAGAGAUAGUAGUAAUUUGCAAUAUGCAUCGAGCUCUUCCAUGGUGCUUUUCAUGUAUUCUAAACUCUUAAAACAAGCUGAUAUCCAUGGAAUUCAUUGUGGAUCCAAAUAUUUCUCUUCUUCUCGAAUCAAAACCUUUGCUAAAUCACAGGUGGAUUAUAUAUUAGGGAAAAAUCCGUUGAAGAUGUCAUACAUGGUAGGAUUUGGCAACAAAUAUCCGUUACAGUUACAUCAUAGAGCCUCAUCCAUCCCUUCAAUAAAAGCACACUCAACAAAGGUUGGUUGUGACGAUGGUCGCUCGAGCUAUUUUUAUUCGAAAGAUCCGAAUCCCAACAUACAUAUUGGUUCAAUAGUAGGAGGUCCUGAUUUAAACGAUCAAUUCAGUGAUUUGAGAUCAGACUACUCUCAUUCCGAGCCUACUACUUAUAUGAAUGCUGCUUUUGUUGGUUCGGUAGCUGCAUUAGUUGCAUAAGGUGGAAACAAUUACUAACAUAUAUUACACAUCAUGUUUUAAGAUUAGUAAGUCUUGCCUUUUGUAACAUAUAUUUGAAUAAUUGUAUUUGAUUGUGUGUAGGGCACAAAGACCUCAAAAUCUAUUGUGGCCAUAUUGUUAUGUUAUAUAUUUGUGAUCA